AUGGCUGAAGGUGCAAAACUUAUUGGAGCUGGGUGUGCAACUAUCGCAUUAGCUGGAGCUGGGGCUGGUAUUGGAAUUGUUUUUGGUUCUUUUAUUAGUUCAGUUGCUCGUAACCCGUCAUUAACAAAAACUCUUUUUGGUUAUGCUAUUUUAGGAUUCGCUUUAACAGAAGCGAUUGCUUUAUUUGCAUUAAUGAUGGCUUUCUUAAUUCUUUUCGUAUUUUAA